CAUUUAUAUCUAGAACGUUCAUCUUGAGGUUGGGCGAUGGACCGAAAAUUCCUCUAUGCUGAACAAUCUAAUCCAUACAACUGGUGGGUGGUGGCAAGGAUUGAAUGACUAGCGGUGGGGAGGGUCCUUUGUGGUGGGCCCUGCUAGAUGAAUGGUCCCGAUUGCUGGAAGAAAUGACGAGCACACUAUGGAGAAUGUACGCAGAUCGCUUGUACUCUAAGUGGGAGAAAACUUUCCUUUGGGAUAUGAUUGAGCCCUAUCGCCGUCCAAAAUCUUUCAAGCCACUCGUUUCAGUAUAUAUAGCUGCAUUCUAUACUGGGGUUAUUGGAUCUGCACUAACAGAGCAGCUUUAUAAGGAGAAGUACUGGGAAGAUCACCCGGGAGAAGCAGUGCCUCUAAUGAAACCGAAGUUCUACUGGGGGCCUUGGAAGGUGCUAAGGGGCGAUGUCCUCCCUCCUAACCAGUGAAAACAAAACCCAAUUGAAUGAGAUCCUUUCCUAUCCUUUGAAGGAAAUCAAGUGAUUGAUGCACAGAUUAACAUGACAUUUUUGUGCAACUCACUAAAAUAUAUAAAUCAAUCUUCAAUCUCCAUGUAUAUUUUUGAGCUUUGCUCUGCUCACACGUAUGCAUGGAAUAUCAUCUACAUGCCACCACAUGUGGCAGCAAGGCAGAUAGGUUCGAUAUCCGAACAGGUCCGACCGUGUAGAUAUUCUCUCCACGGAAUCAAGCUGGUCAUAAGCUGGCCCAUGGUGUGAGAAACAGGCAGACAGGUAAAUGUAUCACUAGCUGAGGCCCACCUGAUUUGUGGAAUGACCAGAUACUUGGACUAGGGCAUCUACAUAGCAGGACUCUAAUGGAUGGAUUGGAUCUCAUAUUCAUGUACCAUGCUGGAACCUGUGGUGGCUUCUACAUGAACUGCCUAUUGCAGGAGUGUGGGUUUUAGUAACAUUUGUAUAUUUAUGCAUCUCAUUGAUGAGAAAUGCACAGCACUUUUGUUAUUAUUUUUUAUUUGCAUGCGGUUCAUAUUUAAUUUAGAGAAAACCUGGUUUUCAA